UCUCUCUCUCUCUCUCUCUCUCUCUCUCUCUCUCUCUCUCUCUCUCUCUCUCUCUCUCUCUCUCAAUACUGCCCAGUAAGCCACUGCAGCGGCAACAGCAGCAGCAAAGUUUCCUUUUUACCAUCCUUCUUCUGGGCCCAUCAAAGAGUUUGCUAGGCAUGGAUGCAGUGACUGUGUACCACGGCAAAAUCAGCAGGGAGACCGGGGAGAAGCUCUUACUCGCUACCGGGCUGGAUGGAAGCUAUCUGCUGCGAGACAGCGAGAGUGUCCCUGGCGUGUACUGCCUGUGUGUUUUUGUGCAUAGCGCCUUCCAGCACUAUGGAUUAGCCUAUGUAGAUGAAGCUUCCAGGUAUCAAGGUUACAUCUACACAUAUCGAGUGUCCCAGACAGAAACAGGUUCUUGGAGUGCCGAGACAGCACCUGGAGUACAUAAAAGAUUUUUCCGGAAAGUAAAAAAUCUCAUCUCAGCGUUUCAGAAGCCGGAUCAAGGCAUCGUGACGCCUCUGCAGUAUCCAGUUGAAAAGUCCUCUGGCAGGGGCCCACAAGCUCCCACAGGGAGAAGAGAUUCUGAUAUCUGCCUGAAUGCACCAUGAAGAAGAGUAACUCACUCUGUACUCUAUUUUCAAUAAUUUAAGUAUGUGCCAAGUCUUGUAUAUUGUAGAUAGUACAGUUCAGCGAGCUGCAAAUGCCUUUUAAGCACGACUCUAGUCCUGUAAUAGCAUCUCGCCUGAUGUCAAAGCUGCAAGUGGACGUGGUAGAUAACAAGUGCUUUAAAGUGCGGAUUGGAAAACUGAAUCCCUUAGGGUAUUUUUAGUUGCCGUAUUUACAAAUGAGAAACAAUUUAAAAGCACAAUGAAGACUUUACACAAGAUUAAUGUCGUUUCUUGCCAAAUGUAAAUAAAAUAAAAAUGAUCUCUUUUUUUUUUUUUUGGUUAAAA